AUGAGCAGUGUGGUAAACAAGAGUGGUACACGGUUUUUUCCGAAACUGAGGCAGCGUAGGCUUCUUUCAGCUGCUCCAAAGAAGACUCUUACGACAGUUACUGACGAGGGAACAAAAAGUACAGAGGACGUCAGUCCCACUGAUGAGGAUACGAAAGUAGAUGAGAAGGAUUCUCAGAAGGAGUUCCAAGAAUCUGAAAACCCCGAGGAGGAUACAGGGGCUACUGCAGUUCAAGAUGAGGAAGAUGAAGAAGAUGGGGCAUUAUCACAAAUUAAGCCGAAUCCCUCGCAAACCAGUACACAAAUUCCAGAAAGCCAAAGCGUCAGAGAAGGACGUCGUUCUAGUCGACUCGACUCUCUAGGUACUAAUCAGACGAGUGCACCGAUCUUCAGACCUGCUUUUAAUGAAUCAGGAACAGGAACCACUGGUAAAAGAUUAUCAACUAUUGCAAAGCCAAACCUGAAAAAAGUUAGAUUACGUAGCGUUUCCGAAAAGGAUGCGACAUUAGAAACCCUGAAGAAGCGCAGAAUGUCCAUCCGGACUUCGAUCUCUAAGAAAUCAGGGUCUGCCCACAGAAUUAGUGUAGUUUCAAGGCGAACUUCCCCAGAUGCAGAUGUGCAUACGGCUACUGCAAUUCCAAACCCCAACGGUAAAUCAGACUCCGUAACGGAGCUUUUCCAAAAGACAGAUAGCCUCUAUGAGAAAUAUACUAUCAAAAACCUAAAAGAGAUUCCGAAGCACAUCCAGGAUACAGAUUCAGAGAGAUACAUGGUGGAUGAAGAGGCUUUCACGAUGGCAGAUUUGUGUAAACCUAAACUACCGAUUGGUGAAAUAUCAGAGAAUUUUACGAUUGCUAAACAAGCAGGUUUACUAAGAUUCGAAAAGAGAAGACAACGCAGAGAGUUGAGACGAAGAGCUCGCGAAGAAUUCAAGUCUGUGAGCUCGCUGAAUGAGGAGGAUCAGGAGAGGGAGCUAGAAGAACGGAAAAAGGCAGCAGAAAAGCUCCUCAACACUGACGUCCCAGAAUCUAGUGGUCCUCAAACGGCUAUUCAGUUACGUCUGAAUCCCGAUGGUACAAUGGUGGUCGAUGAAGAAUCUACUGUGGUUGAUCGACAUAAGAAUGCAAGCUAUCAGAAUGCACACAAGUUGAAGGUCAAUGAAAAUCCCUUCGAAAACCUCUACAAUUCUGGAACAUACGGUAAGAAUAUUUACACGGAUCCUUGGAAUACCGAAGAACUGGUAAAGUUUUACAAGGCUUUGUCGAUGUGGGGAACAGAUUUCAAUUUAAUCGCACAAUUGUUCCCAUACCGAUCGAGGAAACAGAUCAAGGCAAAAUUCAUAAAUGAAGAAAGAAAACAUCCUGUAACGGUCGAAUUGGCACUACGGUCUCGUUUGCCGCCUAACUUUGAACAGUACUGCCUUGAUAUACGAAAAGAUAUUGGCACUGUCUCGGCAUUCCACGAAAAGAUACAGGAACUGCAAGUGGAGCAUGAAGAGCACAUGAGAGCCAUUGAUAAUGCUAAAGCAACAGCCAAAGAAGAGGACUUGCAAAACGUAAAGACGAUAAAGGAUUCUGGAAAGAAGACAUCUGGUGGGUUUAGGACCGAUCAAGUUAGAGCAUAUCGUAAAUCUGAGGUUGUGCUGGGUACGAUCGACGAUCUCAAGAAGCACCCGGCUCAGGAAGUUGAAGAGAAUUCUUAA